UUACAGCUAGGCGCGAAACUACUGAUCACAGAAUAAUACAUACUGAAGCUGAUGGAGGUGGGAAAGGACAGAGUGGUGGCCCUGGUGGAUAUGGACUGCUUUUACGUGCAGGUGGAGCAGAGGUUGAACCCCAAGCUGAAAAACAAACCCUGCGUCGUUGCUCAGUACAAAACCUGGAAAGGAGGCGGUAUCAUAGCAGUCAGUUAUGAAGCCCGAGCACACGGUGUGACAAGAAACAUGUGGGCGGAUGAUGCCAAAAAACUGUGUCCAGAUCUUCAGGUGGCGAGAGUCCGAGAGUCACAUGGGAAAGCUGAUCUAACCUGUUACAGGGAGGCCAGUGUGGAAGUGAUUGAGAUCAUGUCCCGAUUUGCAGUCAUUGAGAGAGCCAGCAUCGAUGAAGCCUACAUGGACCUUACCAGCAGCGUCCAGAAAAGACUGAAGGAUCUUGAAGUAUCGUGCAUUGACCCGCAACUUCUGAAAAACACUUAUGUCCAAGGCUUUCCCGUUCCUGGCCCAGUGGAAGAUGCUCCAGAGGAUAAAGAGGAGCGGAGGUUGAAGGGACUGCAGCAGUGGCUCAACACACUGCCUGCUUGCGUUCAGCCAGGCUGUUUAGGCUACUCAGAGGUGUGUUUGGCUGUUGGAGCGAUGAUUGUGGAGGAAAUGAGGGCCGCAGUGGAGCAGCACACUGGUUUCCAAUGUUCUGCAGGAAUUUCUCAUAACAAGGUAUUGGCCAAACUGGCGUGCGGUCUUAACAAACCAAAUCGGCAGACUCUGCUUCCUCUUGGAUCAGUGCCUGAACUCUUCAAGACGUUGCCCAUCAGUAAAAUCCGCAAUUUGGGAGGAAAACUUGGCGCCUCCAUUACAGAGACUCUGGGGGUAGAGAAUAUGGGUGAGCUAACUCGGUUCACACGGGCGCAGCUGGAGGAAAGCUUCGGAGAAAAGACUGGGCAAUGGUUGUAUGACUUGUGCAGAGGCAUUGAGUUUGAGCCAGUGAAACCCAGGCAGCUUCCCAAGUCCAUCGGCUGUAGCAAGAACUUUCAGGGAAAAUCAGCUCUGGCUACAAAAACACAGGUUGAGCACUGGCUGCACCAGCUGGCCCUUGAGCUGGAAGAUAGACUGAAUAAGGAUAAAGCGAUGAACGGGCGAGUUGCUAAGCUGCUAACUGUGGGGGUCCGCCAGGCUGGAGAUAAAAAGCCCAACAGUUUCUCUCGCUGCUUUGCUCUAACACGCUAUGAAGCCUCAAAGAUUUCCUCAGACAGUUUUGCCAUUAUUAAGAGCCUUAACGCUGCAGGCAGCCAUCAGGAAGCCUGGUCUCCUCCUCUAACCUGUCUCCAUUUAUCUGCCAGUAAGUUCAGUGAGAACUCAUCAGGAGAAAUCACUAGUUUCCUCAGCAGUGACAUCACACCAACCCAGUCGCGUCUAAAAACAAACGAGCCAGCUUCAAGAACAGAAACGGCACUAACGAAACCUGGAGGUAUCCAGGCCCUUUUCCAAAAAGCUGCUGAAAAGAAAAAGAAGGAAGCAAACAAAAGUUGUAUAGAAGGUUGUCCUGAGAACUGUACAGCCAGUACGGUACCUCUGAAAGUGCCAGAGAUUUCAAAUGUGUCCUCCUUUUUUCAAAGAAAGUCAUUGGAGAAAACCUCUGACAGGUUCCCUAAAGAAAACAACAUGAAAGAAAGCACAGAGGACAAAUCUCAGACUUCAUGCGCUUCAUCUGGUGUCGGUGAGCCAAAUUGUGCUGAGGUCCUCACUCAAGGUGUCCACUUUAAAGAUGGCAAAGAGGACUUUCACACGUGCGAACGCUGUGGACAGGAAGUACUAAUGUGGGAGAUGCCAGAACACACAGACUACCACUAUGCACUCGAUCUGCAGAAUUCCCUCUCUUCCUCCUCCACAUCAUCAUCGUCAUUCUUGUCUGCGCCAGUGAUGGCUGAAACGGUGUUAUCACGUGGAAAGAGCAGACCCAAAAAUCAGGCUGGACCUCAGGCAAAGAGAGCAAGGCCCAUGGACAAAUCAACCACUUUGGAUUCUUUCUUCAAGAAAGCCUAAUUUAUUUAUUUAUUUUUGUAAAAACCUGGAUCCCCUACUUAAUCAGACUUUUCUCUAUCAAUUCCUAAAUCAUGCCUUUGUAGAAAUUUUGUCUGGUUUACAAAUAUAAACAUGUUAAACAUACAAAAAGAAUAAUUUCUCAGGUAGAAAACUGUUUAGCUUCUAAGCUUAAGAAAACUUGAGUUACUUGGUUA